AUGCGCCAAUGCAGAAGCGCCGCCACCAAGGCCGCCUCACUACAAACACCACCACGAGGCCAAGAGGACCGGAGAGAAGCGCACCAUGACGGGAGCAGCAACACCGACGCCAAGCGGGAGGGAACCACCUCCACCGCCGUCGUGCGGGAGGCCCAUGCCUCCGGCACCGUCGCGGGAUGGCACGAGGAGGAGGAGCAUCUUGCUGAACCUGGAUCAUCAUCUGCACAAACUCUGCAAGCACCGUCCUUGAAUGAGUCGCUCGGCGCUUCGGUGUCGGAGGAAACGUGUGUCACUGUCACUUCCUCCGCCCUUUCGCAGUCAGAGGCGGUAGCCCAAUACACAAUAGUUCCUGCCCCUGGUUCACCUAUUUUGUCCCGGCUACCGCGUGACUGGGGGCUCCAAUUCUACAUCAGGGUGGAUCUUUCAGGAUCUUUCCACAUAUAUCCUCAUUUGGGUGGGCCAUUCAAGAGCUUACAGGAAGCCGACAAUGCUAUCGACCGCCAUCUUCUUGAUCGCCAGGUCACCAAAAUGUGCCCGGAGCAAGGCAGCGUUUCUCGGCUGGAUAAGGUCGUACAGCGAUGUCUUUACUGGCCUGAUGGCAGAAGGAAGAAGCGUUCAAAAUCUCAUGUGGUUGAGCAAAGCCAUAAUCGAAUGUGCCUAUUGGCUCAAGCUUUAGUAGACAAGUAUAACGAGAAUCACAACCUUUGUGGGGAUCUAGCAAAUGAGUUCAAAGACGUUGUGCAAUAUCAAUCAAUUUGUGAGAACCGUGUGUGGUACUAUCACCUCAAUAUCACUACAAGGGCUAAAGGAGCUGAUGGUUUCUCCCAUGGCAUCGACGAUGUAUUCUUCGCGGAAGUCAAACGUGAGCGACAGGGACAACAUGAAGAAUUGGUGGUCAGCUGUUUCUGCAUGCUCAAACCGGCUGAUAAUGGUUGCUGCUAUGGUUGUACCAACAAUGGAUCUCCUGAUAUGAAGCACCCCAGCAUUACUGACAAAUACACUGCUGGUCACUUGAACGCGUAUCUGCCAUUUGGAUGCCGUAGGGAGUUUAGCGACUCCGAUGAUGAGGAGGAAGCUGAGGCUAAGCUAAGAGAUAUGUAUGAGGGCCUUGAUGAGCCAGACUUUCUGGAGAAACUCUUCACAUUUCCCACUUAUGUAACUCUGAGGAAAGACAGGAAGGGAACCUGAAGCUGAAAGACCGGACUCGAGGGCCUCAGAGUGAAACAGCAUUGCCUGUUUUAGCUUCUUGUGGUUCAGUUAUAGUAAUUUUGGUGACCAGGUGUCCGACUCCGAGGCCACAGUAGUGCUGGUGGUGCCUCAGCCCUGAUGCGGCAUGCUGAUCGGCAAAGGAGGAUCUGUUAUCAAGACAAGUAUUUCCGGACGGAGGGAGUAUAUAUGUUUUCCUUGCAUUUCUUAGUCUUCUACUUCGACGUGCGUCGGCUUCAGGUCAUUCACUGAAGCUUCGGAAACUGCAAUUCAGAUCUCACCACAGAACAUCUCCUAUGGCUUCAACGACAGGCUGGUCACCAUCACAGGGCCCUUAGACAAUCUACUGUUCUGAUAAUAUUUGAGCUACUGGAGGACGUUCGUUAUUUGUUUCCAUAUGCAGCUACUACGGUAAAUCCUCCACCCCGCACCGUCCGUCUUCAAUAUCCCUGCCCUGAAUUAAUAAAAACGAAUUAUUCUAUGUGAAGUCGUCGUAUACAGCUGUAUUAAUUCGUAUUUUAGGCACAGACAGUGGCCCCAUGACGCGAUUACCUUGUGUACAGCUCCUAUCACAUUUAAUUACCUGCUCCACCGAUGCCUUCAGUUGGGCCAGAUUUCAAUUGCAAUAGCUGUGGGCACACUGGCAGCAGCUGUACCGAUCGUCCUCUCAUCCAAGUUUUACUUCUAAUCUGUACAACAAAUUAAAUGGACCACAUUAGUAAUGCUCUGCUUAUUAGAUCUAAUAAGUAUAUCAUAUAGUAGUUUAUUUGUCUCCCCGAACCCUCAUUGUAAUUCUAGCCAGGAGAAUGAAUGUAAAUUAUUUGUCCAGUUUCUAGCUUAAAUCUUUAUAAUCUGGAUAUUAUAUUUCCCA